AUGGUUUCCCCAUUUCCAGUACUUGAAUUUUCUGAUCCAGGCUCUGCCACCUUCACGGGUCUUCAAUGCGCCUAUUUAUUUCUUAUACCUACUCAGGUUUUUCUGCUUUUGCUGAUGGAAUGCAAAGGCCUUGAACAAAUGCUUUUCUGUGAUGAUUGUGACCGAGGAUAUCAUAUGUAUUGUCUAAAGCCACCUUUAUCCGAACCUCCCGAGGGAAGUUGGAGCUGCCAGCUCUGUGUUGACUGCUAUCAAUCGAACGCUGCAUCGAACACCAAAGGUUCUGCAUUGUCUGCCUCAGUGAAUUUGCCAGCCGCUUCUUCAAUCUCUACCUCUUCUUUAUCCUCGGCCUCUUCCACAUCCUCAAGCUGUACCUCAGCCGAUGCCCUUCUGGUCUCAUCAUCCGCACCUGGAACUGGUAACGGUAGUAUUGAAGGAACACUUAUGCUCGGUCCUGGUCCUAUUUUUAAUGGCAGAGGCAGUGCACAUUUGACAAGCUAUAGUAAAUCCGAUUGUAACAUUGCAUCAAGUAUCACAACGGCAGAUCCUAGACUCAGGAGUGGAUUAGUCGCCGAAGCCCUCGGGCAGGUGUCAUGUUCCACCGGGUCCAAACCUACCUCGAGUGACUACAUAUGCCCAUCUCCUAAUACCACUUUACAGAGUCAUUUGCUAUUUUCACAAUCUGUCUCUGGAAUAGGGCUUCCUACAAACCAAUCAAGGUUGCAUAAUUGCCAAUCAAUUAUAGCUCAACUCCCUGGUCAGUAUAUUCCCAAUCCGUCAUGUUUGACAUCCGUAUCCCAGCAUGAAAAUGCCUCAAUUUCACUUAAUACUGUGCUACCUUCCGGAUUAUCUUGCCCACCCCCCUUGGUUACUUCUGUUACAAACCCGGUUUCCGGUUCAGUCUCGGCUACUGGGAUUUCAGCUUUGCUUGGCAUGACCAAUAGCAGUCUGAUUUAG